AUGUCAAAAAUCUUAGUUCCAGUAACUGAGGUUGGAACAGUGCUAGGUAUGCUGACUAACCUACCCUGUAACAUGACUCCGGCACUACCCGGAGACAAGGUUCUCCUGGUUCUCUGGUACAAGGACGGAUACGGGAAACCAUUGUAUAGCUUUGAUCUGAGAAACAUUCAGGGAAAGGCUGAUGUUAUCUGGGCUAGCGAGCUACGUGAUAGGGUCAAUCUAAACAUUAAAUCUGAUCCAACAGCUUUCCUCACGUUUAUGGGGGUAGAGGAGCAGGACAAAGGGAUGUACAGGUGUCGAGUUGAUUUUAAGAAAUCUCCGACUAGAUUUAGAGAUGUUAAUCUCUCUAUAACAGUUCCUCCUAAAGAAGUGGUUUUCCUGGAUGAGAAAGGAACUCCUGUGGAAGAUGAGGUUGGACCAUAUAUGGAAGGAUCGACUCUGGUUAUAACAUGUGAUGUCAUCGGAGGUUGGCCAGCCUCCGAGGUUGUUUGGUGGAGGGAUGAGAAAAGGAUUGAUUCAUCUUGGGAACAAAUAUCGCCUGGCAAAUCGAGGAACACGUUAAAGAUUGAACCUUUGCGUCGAAGUGAUCUGAACGCCGUGCUCAAGUGUCUGGGAAACAAUAACAAUCAAACUAAACCGGUUUUCAGCUCAGUUAAAAUCAGCAUGCAGUUAUCUCCUGUAUCUCUGGAUAUCUCUGCUGAUGACUCCUGGUUGUCUGUAGACCAGGAGUAUACCUGGGAGUGUUCAGCUACAGGAGCAAACCCUCCUCCAACCUUGACCUGGUGGAACUGGUUGGGUCAGGAGGUACCUUCAGUUCAACAGAAUGUUGAAGAGGGGAAUCGUUCUGUCUCCACGGUUUACUUUACUGCUGCUAUAAAGGACGAAGGAAAAUAUCUAACAUGCCGCGCAGAUCAUCCAGCUCUCAAGAAUAAACUAGAAGUCAUGAAAAUCAUCAAACUUAAAUAUAAACCUAAAUUAUUUCUACGCCUGGGUAGGAAAAUAGAAGAGCAAAGCAUAAAGGAAGGGGAUGAUGUUUAUAUGAGCUGCUCUGUUACUGCAAAUCCACCAAUCUCACACAUUGUUUGGACGCAUAAUGGUAAAGUUGUGAAUGGCCUGGAGGGUUCAGGAUAUAAAAUUAAUAAAGAAAAUCUCAUCAUCAGAAAUAUUAGUUCAGAUUAUAUAGGAAAGUACAGUUGUGAGGGAACUAACUCCGAAGGAACAGGGAUGAGUAAUGUUGUAUUUCUUUCCAUAGCAUAUUUACCGCGAUGUCGAGCUGAGGUUGAAUAUAGAAGAGUGAGCCGGGGGGAAUCAAUAAAACUACAGUGUCCGGUAGAUGCCGUCCCACCCUCCGUAGAUUACAGGUGGGAGUUUAAUUCUAGCAAUACAAUCCGUCCUCUUCAUCCAGACAGCUCAGGAAUUGCAGUCUAUACUCCGUUUACAGAUAUGGAUUUCGGAACUAUACUUUGCUGGGGGAUCAAUCAACUAGGCCAGCAAAUACAGCCUUGUCUUUUCAACAUUUACCCAACAGGGAAACCAGAACCAGUUUUCAACUGUACUCUGUACAACGUGACGUCAACUAGUGUACGUGUCAGCUGUUUGUCCGGAGCUGACAAUGGGGCUCCUCAACAGUUUGCAUUGCAGGUUUAUCCGAACCAUCUGGAGGAACCUCAACUUCAACCUUCAAAACUAAUAAACAAGGAAUCACCAAAUUUUCUCGUCAAAAGUUUAACUUCAGGCACUGGCUUUAGCUUCAGGAUCAAUGCUUUCAAUGAUAACGGUGAAAGUGAUAUCGUGGAACUGAAAGUUUUUACACUUAGCGUAGAGAACCAAAAACAUGUCAGUGAAGUACGGGAGGGUCCUAUCCCUGUUGAGAUGACGUCAUUGGUCUGGGUUUUUCUCGGCAUUCUUUCCUUCCUAGUUCUACUUUUAGCCGUGGCAGGAGUCAUUUUUAGGGUGUCCACUGUAUAUACAAGGAUGAAGAGACAGAAUGUAAAGAAACCGUGUGUAUCUGCUAGAGAGAAUGCCACGAGUAGAACAGAGAGAAAAGAAGAUCUCAACCUAAUGAUUAUACAGAAUAAUCCAGAUAUUAUCCCGGAUAAAGACCGGAAUUCUGAUGAGAGACGGAAACCUCGGAGAAACUCGUAUAAUACUGAACGAACUUCUCAAGUGGAAGUGAGGACCAGGAAUGGAGAGCAGAGAGUAUGUUUGAACUCUAUGUACUGUACGUUACCAAAGAAGAGUACUGUGGAUAGAUCUAGUUACAGGAUAAUCAAAUCAUCAGCCAAGAUGUCUCCGUCAGAGCUUCCAAUGCUGUUUCAGCAGAAUUCACUUUCAAUCCGUGAGGAGUCCUCAGCUGAAGAUUUAACACAGCAGGGACGGGAAGCUAAUCUCAGGGAUGAGUCUGGUCCUGCCCCCGCCCCUCCUGAGUUUGCGGAUACGCCUCCCAACUCCUCCUCGUCACUCCUACAGAUAAUUGGUGAAGAGGGUAUGGUGUAUGAUCUCAAUACAACAAGGUUCUAAUUCAGGAAGAAAACAAGAAAACACUUUGUUUAACCCUAUUCCCGCUGGGGGGGGGGGGUCAAUUUGACCCCCCCCUGUAGUUUU